UUACGCCAUCUUUAGGCGAGUAGUGACAUAUUUGAAAUCCGAAAGCAUUCUUUAAAAAGUUUAUAAUAUUCAAUGUUUUAUGGGUAGAUAAUAGAAAUGUAAUAUCUUUGUCAGUAUCAAAUGAACAAUUUAGACAACCCUUACCUUUAUGAACUAUAAUUGCAAUGUAAUUUGAAAACAGUGAUUUAAACUUUGUUGUUGAUAACCUCGCAACACUGCCAUGGAAGUGAUGUUAGCCUUCAAUUCUCAUGCUGUUUGUUUACUUUAUUAAAUAGCUGAGGAUGAGUUGAAUGACCGACCAACAUCCUAAUUGUGAUUAAUUUGUGAUAAGUAGUGCAACAUAUAACAUAGUAAAAGGCAACAUAAUUUUGAUAAUGACUAUCACUGAAUAUUUUACGGCUUGUCGCUUCUGCCUGCGCUACGAUGCUACCUGCUAUGACAUAGUUGGCGACAAAUGCUUAGAAGAGAAGAUUCGAAAAGUGUUCAAGUUCACGAUGAGAAACAACUACCAACUAUCGCAUCGGAUAUGUAUGGCAUGUAAUGAAAGCAUAAUUCGUUUCGAUGAUUUCGUGGAUAUUGUUCAUCGUAAUCAGGAAUUCUUGAAUCGCUUAUUGGAUGCCUCAGCGAUAACAGCCCCGCUGGAUGUUCCUGAACCAGCCCCAAGCUCCAAUCUUUGGACCAUCGAACAUCCUACAGUUCAUAUCCAGGUCAAGCUAACCGAUGAACCCCAUCCAGCGUCAGAGUGUGGUGAACCGACAGAGGUCAUAGUCCCUCCGGAUGAUAACCAGUCUAUAAAGAAGCGAAAUCUUCAAACUAAAGGAAAUGAUUCGUUCCCACAGCACAUGAGUCUGUACUGCAAUAUCUGCGGUGAUAGUUCAGAACACUUCGACAAUUUUUCGAAGCUCUUGAAACACUUCAAAGAAACCCACGAAACUCGAGGCUACGCUGUCUGUUGCGAUCGGAAAUUUUUCCGCAAGGACAGACUGCUGGACCAUUUUGCGCUUCAUAUUAACCCGAAUGCAUUUAAGUGCAACGAAUGUGGCCAUCGCAGCAAAAAUGCAUUGUUGCUCGAGAUUCACCGGAAGCAGCACAGCACAACCGAACGACGAUACGUUUGCGACAUGUGCGACAAGACUUUUGUGACCAAAUCGCAGUUGUACAACCACAUGCCAAAACAUGGCGUUAAGAGACACCGAUGCGAUGUUUGCGGAAAAUUAUUCGGUCAUAAGUUUACUCUGACGCAACACCGGCUGAAGCACGAAGAGCUGGAUAAGUUCAUCUGCGAGAUCUGCGCUAAGCCACUUUCGACCAAGAGCAAUUUGAACGCUCACAUCCGGACCCAUCAUGCGAGAUCGGACGAUAAAGUGCAAUGUAGCUUCUGUGCCAAGUGGUUUAAAAAUGCAGAAACUUUGCGAUCACAUUGCAACGCAAGGCACAAGGAUCAACGGGAGCAUCGAUGUGCGCAGUGCGGCAAACUAUAUCCUACCGGAAGUGGUCUGAUGGAACACGUCCGAAGGGUACAUCGGAAGCAGACCAACUACAGUUGUGAUCAGUGUAGCAAAAAGUUUUUCAAGAAAUCUAGCAUGGUGGAGCACAUCAAAAGAUCUCACAGCGGCCCUAACCCUAAGCCAAUGUUCAAGUGUGAAUUUUGUGACAAGGAGUACCUUCAUAGCAAUAACUAUUUUUUCCACCGGAAAAAGGCCCAUCCCGAUGAGUAUGCGCAACUACGACGCGCUAAAGACCAGCAACGGAUUGGAUUAAAAGUUACAGAGGAAAGUGACUCUAGUGCUGAUGGUUAACAGUUUUCGGCCAAUAAACGAUGUACAUUUUCAUAUUGCGGGGGUCUCGUGGUUUAGUUGGCUACACGUUCACCUUAUAAGCGGAUGGUCAUGGGUUCGAUUUCCAGCCCCCUAACAACCUCUCAUCAUGCCACUGAAAGAUGCAACAUGGUGCAAGACGCUUAAGGGACCGCUCGUGCUCAUCGCAGGCACCUUGCAACGGCUGGCAAUAGAAUUCUCAGAGGCAAAUCCUCUACCGACACAUGGAUAGGACAGCCAACCACGCUAUGGCAGCUAUGGACAACGGAUUAGAUCAACCGAGCUAGAAAUAACUACAUGAAACAGUGAUCGGAUUCCUGGUACGGAUUAAUAAAGGACAUCAAAACU